AUGCGCGGCCUCGUGUGGACCGCCGGGGACGGCGUGACCUCGGUCACGUCCCCCGGGACCUCCUCGUCGAUGCCGAAGGACGCGUACAACGACCCGCUCGCGCGGAAGCGCGCCAUCUUACGCGCGCUCUUCGGCGGGGACGAGCGACUCCGCGGGGGCGCGAUUCGUCACCGCGCCAAGGCGGGGAACCUCCAGCUCCGGCACGUGGACGACGACCUCGACGAGCCGCCCGGGAUCGCGGACUUCCGCCGCGCGGCGUCGUACUGCCACGACCGAGGCAUGCUUCGGUAUCUCGAGACGGCUUGGGAACGGUGGGCGGCGACGCCCGAGGAGGAGCGAUGCCGUUUUUUUCGACGCGCGACGAGCGCGGCGUCCGACGCGUCGUCGUCGACCCCUACCCCAUCCGACGCCAUCCCCGCGCUCGUCCCCGCGAACUACUGCGCGCGGCACGACGCCAUCACGCGUCCCGGCGCGAACCUCCACUCGCAGACGUGCUACUACCACACGGACGACGACACCCCGAUCUUCGAAGGCUUGCUCGGGCAGCUCGUCGCGGACGCCACCGUCGCCGUCGCGUGCGCGGCGCACGUCGUCGUCCAACGCGAACGCCUCGCGCGCUUCGAUCGCACGUUAAACGACGACCCAGUGGACGCGUUCUAUCACUACGCGUGCGUGAACCACCCGGGGCAUCACGCGGGGAAGAGCACGAUGGGGGGGUACUGUUACGUGAACAACGCCGCGAUGAUCGCGAGGGUGAUUCAAGAGCAUCACACGCUGAGGAACCCGGAUCGCGCCAAGCCGGUGAACGUCGCGAUUCUGGACGUGGACUACCACGCCGGGAACGGCACGGCGUCGAUAUUCUGGGAGGACCCCACGGUCUUCGUCGCGUCCAUACACGCGGACCCGAACGGCGAUUAUCCGUGGAAUGCGUGCUUCGAGGACGACGUCGGCGGCGGCGACGGCGAGGGGUUCACGAGGUGCGCGCCGCUGCCCAGGCGCGCGGGAUGGGACGUCUACGAGCCCGCGCUCGCGGGGUCGCUCGACGCGAUCAAAGCGCAGAGGCCUUUCGCGUUGAUCGUGAGCCUCGGUUUGGACGCGCACGCGGACGACCCGGUGCAAGAGAAGGCGACCGCGGGGAUGGAGUUGACGGUUGAUGAUUAUUUCAACGUGGGACGGAUGAUCCGCGAGACCGCGGACGCGGUGGACGCGACCGUGGUGUUCGUGCAGGAGGGCGGGUAUCAGGUCGAGGUCGCGGGCGAGCUCGUGAGGACCGUGUUUAAAGGGUUCGAAGCGGGGGGGGUGUCGAUAGCCGGAUAG